UUGGGCCAGUCGGCCGUGUAUAAAAGGAACCGUAAGAUCCUCCUCGAGAGAUUUCCUUUCUUCUUCCUCUUCAUCCGUUUGCAAGUUUCCAUUUCAACUCUACACCGCUUCAUACAAACAACUUUACCUUGUCUAACAAACAAGACGUCUCAUACAUACCCAUUGACUCACAACACUAUUGUCUGUGCUUGGCCAUUGUAUCAUCUACUCGUCAGGAUACUACUACCUUGUACCUUUUACAUUACUUGCAUUGCAUAGCAAUUCAUACUAAACGAUUCACUCUUCCGCAUUAUUCUUUGUUGUCAUUUGCAUAUUUUAACUUUACCCUAAUUCCACACUAUUACAUCAUGGCCUAUCAAUCAAGCUACUACCAAAGCACCUCGCUCCCCAUUCCAGUUCCUACAAAAUCUCAACAGGUUUCUUACUACCCUCCGCAAAACACAACUUAUGGUGUCUCACCACCAGAAGCUCCUGAAUCUGUAACUACAGGUUCUGGCAUGACUCCUGCAUAUGGAAACUCCACUUACUCGGCUACGUCCAGUAGUUACGCGGGAAGUGCGAGUGGUGAAUAUGACAGCACUGCUUCAGCCAAUGGUGUCGAUUUGCAAGAAUAUAUGCAAGAUCGAUUUUCUGGCGCAUUCGACCCUCUUCCUUUAGAUCGCACUUUGGCAGUUCAAGCACAAACGUGAGUCAAUAUCUGAAGAUCUGGACUUCAAUUUGCAUUUACUGACAAUCUCAUCAGAUCUGGGUUGUUGAAUGCAAAACAUAGAGAAAUCAUGGAUUUGCAAGCAUUGGCGCAACAACGUCUUGCGAGAACUAGAGCGAGAUUGCAAGAAGGUUAUCAAGAUGCCAAGGAGGUGAAGGCGAAUUUAGAAUGGACUCAACAUCGAAUGGGGUGAGUGUCAAUUUUCUACCAUCUGCUCCACAAAUCUGAGUUCUAAUAUCAUUCCAGAGCGAUCAAAAGCAAAGUUUCCAAAAGACACCCCAAAGAAUACGCACAAGCCCGCGAGCGUUAUCCAUCUCCAGAGUACUAAAAGCACAAUCUCUCAAUUUGCUUAUUUUCUACUUCUACACUCGCUUACGAAAAAGUUUCCCCUUUUCUUUUCCUUGAUACCUUUUUAUCUGCGCUGCUUUUAUGGAGCGGAUCUUUAAAUCAUUGUCUAACGAAGUUACGACGAUUUUGAUUGGGUGGAGCGCUUGUUAUUUCCAGUGCGGGGAUGCAGCAGUGCCGGUUGAACAGGCUCCUUAGCACUUGCAGCUGGUGAGAGACGCCAGGGCUGCAGUAGUUCCCGUUCAUGCAUGGUUCUGCGGGCCCUCUGGGAAAUCGGGCUCUGCAGCUGUGGAGCUACGUGUGGUGUGGUGGUAAUGGGAUGAAAUGGUGUGAGGUUGAGACUUUAUCAAUUGGAGGGAGGGCUUCUCUGUAGAGUGAUUGGACUGUAUUUUCCAUACGCGUGGUGUGGGUGUUGGGGGUGGUGGGGUGGAUUUCUGUAAAGACAAAUGAAACGGCGUGGAUUACUAACUGCUUUUGGGUGGCUACUGGAGUUGGGACAUGGCUGUAGGCAAAAUAUGUAGUUAGUGCUUUCAAAUAUAGGCAAAUGCUUCACUGUG